GUUGAAGGCCACGCAAUAAAGAAUUCUAAAAUAAUGUGAACAACUUCCAGCUGAAAACUACCUACCACCUCUUCCCCCCCACCGCUCUCUCUCUCUGCCCUUCUCCUUCACACACACAGACGAGAUGACAGAGAUGUGUUCAAAUUCAUGUGUGCCUCUCCAAUUAAGAAAGAAAAUUGAGAACCAAAAUAAAAACGUUAAAUACAAAAAAGAAAAAAAAGAAAGAAAAAAACAGAGGACAGGCGUGAUCUUAAAGAAAAAUUGAAUUUUAGAAUUUAACGUCGUCCACCAACCUAUCUAAUUAAUCUAAUAAGCCUUCUGCCUCGAACAACUUCGUCACGUUUCGUCACCUUCUCUUCUUCUCACACUUUCCAUCUAACCACCGAUAGAAUUUGCCUCUCUUGUUGCAAACUAUAGUGCCUAGAUUAUUCCCAAAUCCUAGGGUUUCUGUUCCCAUUCUCAGAAACCCUAAUUCUCGCUUUCCUCUGUCAAGGAAUUCAGUUGGGCCUUUUCCAUCUACUUCCACGAUGUCGAGCUUGGAGGAGCCACUUGGUUUUGACAAGUUGCCUAGCAUGAGUACUAUUGAUCGGGUUCAAAGAUUCUCAUCUAGUGCUUGCAGGUCUAGAGCAGAUGAUGCGGCAAUGGGGAACUGUUGGAUUGAAGGAAGAAGUUGUAGCACAUCCAAUAGCUGCAACGAAGAUUAUGAAGAAUAUACAAGGGAGGCCUUUCCAUGGAAAAGACAUACAAGAGACAUUUCCCGUGGUGACUCCUUCAAUCAAAGGACCUUGAGCUUAGGCAGGAAUCACAGGGUAUUUGGAAAUAUUUGUGAUUCAUGGUAUUUGUCAGAUCAAUAUGAGUCCAAGUGCAAUGACAAAGAUAUAACAAAUAAGAUUUUGAAAGGUAUACCAAAGUUUGUAAAGAUAGUAGAAGUUGGUCCAAGGGAUGGACUUCAAAAUGAAAAGAAUAUUGUAUCUGCAUCUGUAAAGAUUGAAUUGAUUCAUAGACUGGUAUCUUGUGGGUUGUCUGUUGUUGAGGCUACAAGUUUUGUAUCACCCAAAUGGGUUCCUCAGCUAGCAGAUGCAAAGGAUGUAAUGGAAGUAGUUCAGAAUUUGGAGGGUGCUAGAUUGCCUGUUCUGACACCCAAUUUAAAAGGCUUUGAAGCAGCUAUUGCAGCUGGUGCUAAGGACAUAGCAGUCUUUGCAUCAGCUUCUGAAUCAUUUUCAAAGUCGAACAUCAAUUGUAGCAUUGAAGAAAGUCUUGUUCGUUAUCGUGCUGUUACUCGUGCGGCAAAAGAGCUUUCAAUUCCUGUUCGAGGGUAUGUCUCGUGUGCCAUUGGAUGUCCAGUGGAGGGAGCAAUUCCUCCAUCAAGAGUGGCAUAUGUAGCAAAAGAACUUUACAACAUGGGCUGCUUUGAAAUUUCUCUUGGUGACACAAUUGGGGUUGCUACACCUGGGACGGUUGUCCCCAUGCUUGAAGCUGUGAUGGCUGUUGUUCCUGUUGAGAAGCUUGCUGUUCACUUCCAUGACACCUAUGGGCAAUCUCUUUCAAACAUUCUCGUAUCUCUUCAAAUGGGGAUUAGCAUAGUGGAUUCCUCUAUUGCGGGUUUAGGUGGGUGUCCGUAUGCUAAGGGAGCUUCAGGUAACGUUGCCACUGAAGAUGUUGUAUACAUGCUUAAUGGACUUGGUGUCAAAACCAAUGUGGAUUUGGCGAAACUCUUGAUGGCUGGGGACUUCAUCAGCAAGCAUUUGGGCCGCCCCUCUGGUUCAAAGACUGCUGUAGCUUUGAGCCGAGUUACAGCCGAUGCCUCUAAGAUAUAAGAUAGAUAUUUCAGGAGUUAUUCAAGAGGAAAGAAGGGUGCUUCGUUCUUACAUGGAAUACCCAUGAUCUUCACGCUGCCACACAGUAGGAAUAAACACUUUUAAGUCUUGGAUACAAUAAUUAUUUUUUUCAAAGGCACAUCAUAUUGUGUUCAAUAUGAAGUUGCCAUCUUUGGUUGUAUAAAGUUUAAAAACGUGCGGAGGAUUUCUUCUGUUAGAAAAUGAUAGAUAUAAAGAACAUAUACGAAUGAA